AGGGGGGUACCACGGAGUGGGGCGUAAGCGGGUCCUGCCGACACCUCUCGCCUGGGAAGGAGUCGCUCGGUUUGGGCAGCAGGCAAAUCCUCCCCGCUGCUCGCUGCGCUCCGGACCUCCGGCGAGAAGUCGGGGUGGUCUGAGGAGGAAAACGGGCGUAUUAUUAGCGCGUCACACAGCCCACACUGAUAUACAAUGUGAAUGUAUUUGUAUUUGUCAGCUCGCAGCAGUUGCGGGAGGUUUGUGUCUGUUUUUCUAUUGUGUAGCUGGCUGGAGCCUGAAGUGGGCGUCGCUCCAGGACAGACUGGGCUGCUCUGGUGCGCCGCUGCCCGCUUUUCUCUCGCAGGACUGCAGCACUCUCAUGUCGGUUUUUGUAGGUCGAAUGAUGUCUGAAUUUACAGGCAGUAGCUCGGUGAGGAUCCUCCACUCUGGAUCGUGUGCCAUGAGGAGCACCGCGGAGCGUCGCGGGCGGGCGUUGCUCUGUGGGUUAUCGGGCGCUGCGGAGCUUGUCACAGAUGAUCGCUUUACUAAUUAAAAACGUGGAAUUCACACGCCGCACAGCACGGCUGUAUUAGGCAGCCCCAGAGGUGGUUCAACACGGCCGACAUCACAGUGGCUCACCAAAGCAACCUGCUGAAGCAGCUCAACCACCAGCGCCGCCAGGAGCUCUUCUGUGACUGCAGUGUGCUGGUGGAGGGCCAGCUCUUCAGGGCCCACCGCAACGUCCUGUUCGCCAGCAGCGGUUACUUCCGCAUGCUGCUGUCCCAGGGGCCUGACGGGCUCCCUGACUCCGUCAGUGCCACCUUCGACGUCUUCAGCCCAGAGACCUUCACCGUCAUCCUGGAUUUCAUCUACUCCGGCCAGCUGGAUCUCUCCAGUCACAAUGUGAUUGAGGUCAUGUCUGCUGCCAGCUACUUGCAGAUGAACAAUGUCAUCAACUACUGCAAAAACUUCAUCAAAUCCUCCCUGGACAUCAGUGUGAAAGAUGAAGAGAGCGAGCGCUGCCUCAGCUUGUCUGAGACCUGCAGCUUCACCAGUGGAGCUGGAGAAGAUGCUUCAGAGCAGCAGCAGCAGGGCCCCUGUUCUGUCAGUCCACCACCUGCUCUGUGGACCAGGGACAACUCCAGAUCCCAGUCCAGCUUCAUGGGGAAAGACCCAGACCAGGAUGCUUCGGCCUUAGCAAUAAAGACUGAUCCGAGCAGCCCUGCUAAUGAGCUCAGUGCAGAGCCAGAGGACCUGCACGACCCUCAGGACCCUCUGUAUACCCUCCCUGGGUCAGAGCGCCGGCGUGGAAAAGGGGGGACCAAGAGGAGAGCACCCAACAGCAGUCGCUCCAACCAGCAUGACGAUUUGGACAUUCAGGAGGCGAGGACACAAAAGGCUGAAAAAGCAGAGGAGCUGUACGCCACUCUUCCACCGAUUGUGGGUGUCAUCGGGCACUUUAAUAAAGAUUCCAACCCUAUCAUGCGCUUCAAAUGUCCCUUUUGUACACACACGGUGAAGAGGAAGGCGGACCUGAAGCGACACCUGCGCUGUCACACUGGGGAGAGACCGUAUCCAUGUCAGGCCUGCAAUAAGCGCUUCACUCGCCUGGAGCACCUCCGUAGCCAUUUUGAGACGAUCCAUCAGGCCAGGAAGCUGGUGUGCAGGAAGUGCAAGUGUCAGGUGACGGAGGAGACGGGUCACGUGGUGUGUGAAGGGACACGGCGCUACCGCAUGUGCACGGCCUGCAUCCAAGAGGUGGGCUGCGACGACAUCCCCAUAGACGGUCUGGAGGGAACCAAUGAGGAGCCGGCGCUGCUGCUGGGUGUGGACGGGGAGGAGGAGAGCGACACCAAGAGGAGCUGGAUGGUGACCGAUGACGAUGACCUGGCCGAAGACUCGGGGGCCGACCUCAUCAUCCAGCAGGUGGACGACAGCGAUGAGGAGCUGCAGUGAGACAGGACCAAAGUGUGUGUGUGUGUGUGUGUGUGCACAGAUGCAUGCCUAAAUAUUGACUGUGUGAGUGUGUGUGUGAUAAAGCCAUGAAAGAGAGUUUAUGCAUAAAAUAUGGGAUCCACUGAUGUAAAUAUACACAUUUAUGAUAUAUUAGUUGUCUAUUAGUUAAAUGCAUCUGGUUAAUCUUUACUUUUAAUGACCUUUGUGACACAAUGGAAAGCUUUUUGCUCAUGAAGAUAUACAGUAUCCAAAGCAUGCAUAUUCAGUGUUUCCUUUGCUUCAAUUAUAGUUCUAUGAUAUCCCUUUCAAUAAGUGUUUUUAUGUGCAUGAAGGAACACCACUUCUUCACUACUUUUUGGAACUUUCUACCACCAUUUACAGUGGGUACGGAAAGUAUUCAGAUCCCUUGAAAUUUUUCACUCUCUGUGUCAUUGCAGCCAUUUGCCAAAAUCAAAAAAGUUCAUUUUAUUUCUCAUUAAUGUACACUCAGAAAAACAGAAAUGUAGAAUUUUUUGCAAAUUUAUUAAAAAAGAAAAACUGAAAUAUCACAUGGUCAUAAGUAUUCAGACCCUGUGCUCAGUAUUGAGUAGAAGCACCCUUUUCAGCUAGUACAGCCAUGGGUCUUCUUGGGAAUGACGCAACAAGUUUUUCACACCUGGAUUUAAGGAUCCUCUGCCAGUCUUCCUUGCAGAUCCUCUCCAGUUCUGUCAGGUUGGAUGGUGAACGUUGGUGGACAACCAUUUUGAGGUCUCUCCAGAGAUGCUCAAUUGGGUUUAGGUCAGGGCUCUGGCUGGGCCAGUCAAGAACGGUCACAGAGUUGUUGUGAAGCCACUCCUUUGUUAUUUUAGCUGUGUGCUUAGGGUCAUUGUCCUGUUGAAAGGUGAACCUUCGGCCCAGUCUGAGGUCCUGAGCCCUCUGGAAGAGGUUUUCCUCCAGGAUAUCUCUGUACUUGGCCGCAUUCAUCCUUCCUUCAAUUGCAACCAGUCGUCCUGUCCCUGCAGCUGAAAAACACCCCCACAACACGAUGCUCCCACCACCAUGUUUCACUGUAGGAAUUGUAUUGGGCAGGUGAUGAGCAGUGCCUGGUUUUCUCCACACAUACCGCUUAGAAUUAACACCAAAAAGUUCAAUUUUGGUCUCAUCAGACCAGAGAAUCUUAUUUCUCAUAGUCUGGGAGUCCUUCAUGUGUUUUUUGGCAAACUCUAUGCGGGCUUUCAUGUGUCUUGCACUGAGGAGAGGCUUCCGUCGGGCCACUCUGCCAUAAAGCCCCGACUGGUGGAGGGCUGCAGUGAUAGUUGACUUUGUGGAACUUUCUCCUAUCUCCCGACUGCAUCUCUGGAGCUCAGCCACAGUGAUCUUUGGGUUCUUCUUUACCUCUCUCACCAAGGCUCUUCUCCCACCAUUGCUCAGUUUGGCUGGACGGCCAGGUCUAGGAAGAGUUGUGGUCGUCCUAAACUUCUUCCAUUUGAGGAUUAUGGAGGCCACUGUGCUCUUAGGAACCUUGAGUUCUGCAGAAAUUCUUUUGUAACCUUGGCCAGAUCUGUGCCUUGCCACAAUUCUGUCUCUGAGCUCCUUGGGCAGUUCCUUCCACCUCAUGAUUCUCAUUUGCUCUGACAUGCACUGUGAGCUGUAAGGUCUUAUAUAGACAGGUGUGUGCCUUUCCUAAUCAAGUCCAAUCAGUUUAAUUAAACACAGCUGGACUCCAAUAAAGAAGCAGAACCAUCUUGAGGAGGAUCAGAAGAAAUGGACAGCAUGUGAGUUAAAUAUGGAAGUCGCUGCAAAGGGUCUGAAUACUUCUGACCAUGUGAUAUUUUAGUUUUUCUUUUUUAAUAAAUUUGCAAAAAUUUCUACAUUUCUGUUUUUUUCUGUCAAGAUGGGGUGCUGAGUGUACAUUAAUGAGAAAUAAUAUGAACUUUUUUGAUUUUGGCAAAUAUUUGCAAUGACACAGAGAAUGAAAAAUUUCAAGGGAUCUGAAUACUUUCCGUACCCACUGUAGGCAAAACAUGGUGACAAAGACAGACUGAUGGCUCUACCAGUCACUUAAGGGAAACUUCAGAGCUAAUUUUUUUAUGUUUCACAGUUGCUGUGCUGGUAAUGUCUGAUUAUGAUAUGCACUAUGAUAUAAACACAAAAUUUAAUUUAUUAGUUUUUUUUUUUGAGUUUUUACUUUUUUGACACAUUAAAGAUAUUUUUAUACAUUU